AUGACUAUCGACGAAAAGUACAUUGGACUGGCCUUGGCCAUGUCAUCCAGUUUGGCUAUCGGCACGAGUUUCGUAAUAACGAAAAAGGGAUUGAUGCAAGUAGAAGAGCGGCAUGGCUUUGAGGGCGAUGGCUUUGUGUAUCUGCGCAACCCUACAUGGUGGGCCGGAAUUCUCAGCUUGGUCCUUGGAGAAGUCUGCAACUUUGCUGCAUAUGCCUUCGCACCCGCGAUUCUCGUCACUCCCCUGGGAGCCCUCAGUGUCCUCAUUGGAGCUGUGCUGGGAUCGUAUUUCUUGAAGGAGGAACUCGGAACGCUGGGCAAGCUCGGUUGUGCCAUCUGUCUCAUUGGUGCCAUUAUCAUUGUCCUACAUGCGCCGCCAGAUGUGGAGAUUAAGACGAUUGAACAAAUCAUGGAAUAUGCACUUGCACCUGGCUAUUUGCUGUAUUGUCUUGUCGUUGUUGUGUUUGCGACAGUCAUGAUCUACAGAAUUGCCCCGAUCCACGGAAAAAAGAACCCACUGAUCUACCUAUCCAUCUGUUCGACUGUUGGAUCUGUCUCUGUCAUGUCCGUCAAGGCCUUUGGCAUUGCAGUCAAACUCACUUUUGGAGGCAACAACCAGUUCAAGCAUGCCUCCACAUACGUCUUCAUGAUUCUGACGGGUGUCUGCAUUCUUGUGCAGAUGAACUACUUCAACAAGGCCCUGGCCACGUUCUCCACGCAGAUCGUCAACCCUCUUUACUAUGUUACCUUUACGACGGCUACACUCUGCGCCUCUUUCAUCCUCUUUUCAGGAUUCAACACGAACGAUCCCGUUAAUACACUUUCUCUCAUCUGUGGUUUCUUGGUUACAUUUACCGGCGUCUACCUGCUCAACUUGUCGCGUGCCGACCCCAAUGGUGACAAGAUGCUGGGUCGCCGCGGUGGUGAUGUUGGAGGUACCGACAUGAUCUCUAGCGUGCAAACACGGCUGAGCAUGUCUGCACGCCGCAGUAUGGACCCACGUUACAGUGUUGGAAGCCACGGCGACAGAGAAGGCUUGAUGCGUGGCUAUGAUGAGGAGUCUGGGUUUGGCCUCGCUGAUCUCGCCGAUGACAGCGAGGGAGAAGCCGCCAGGGCAAAUGGCAACGGUCACACCAAGAAAUCGCGCGGCAAUUCGAUCGAGCUGCAACCCAAGUCUGGCCAGCGAUAG